UGUAUCCCAGGCUGGGUUGGAAUACCUCUUAUCAUCAUCCUGUGCGCUGGAGUUGGGUAUUCGGGCACUCGUCUGGCGGAGUGCUGGGUACUGCUGGAGGAGAGGUGGCCCGAGUACCGUGUACCAUGCCGUAGGCCGUACCCUGCUAUUGCAUAUCGCGCCCUGGGCACCGUUGGGCAGUACGUAGCUGAAUGCGCCCUUAAUCUAACACUCUUCGGGGCUUCGACUGUGUUCCUCCUCCUCGCCACACAGAUGAUACACUCGAUUACAGCUUCUCACAUCAAUCUGACGGCGUGCGAAUGGACCCUGAUUAUCGGGGGAAUACUAACACCUCUGACAUGGAUGGGAACACCGAAGGAUUUCUGGCCUGCUUCCAUCCUAGCCAUGGCAGCGACCUUCCUGGCCUGCCUCGUCGUCAUGAUUAAAGUGGUGCUACAGAAGACCGGACCCCCAUUGUACACCGCCCCGACCUUCAGUUCUUUCUUCUUGGGUUUCGGCUCCAUCCUGUUCGCUCUCGGGGGGGCCUCCAUCUUCCCGACGGUGCAGAACGACAUGAGAGACAGGGCGCAGUUUAGCAGCAGCAUCACCGUCGCUUUUCUCACCCUCCUGGCGCUGUACCUGCCCCUGAUGACGAUCUGCUACGGCGUCCUUGGCUCUGGGGUCAAGGAGAACAUCCUGAUGAACGUGUCGGGCGUGAUGGUGACGCUGGUCAACGCCCUCAUCUUCGUGCACUUCGUCUUCGCCCUCACCAUUGUCGUGAAUCCGGUCAUGCAGACGCUGGAGGGGAUUUUCAACUUGCCCAACAGGUUCGGCCCCAAGAGAUGUGCCGUCAGGUCUUGCGUCAUGGCCGUCAUUAUCCUCACGGGUCUUGCAGUCCCUGACUUUGGCAAGAUUCUCGACCUUAUCGGCGGGUCUUCCGUCACCCUGAUGUCCUUCAUCCUCCCUCCGCUCUGCUAUAUCCGCCUUUGUAAUGCUGAGUUAACGGAAGGCGUAAAGCACAGGAACCUGGCGCGGUGGGAGUUGGUCCUCCUGAUCGUCAUCAUCGUCGUGGGCACCGCCGGCGGCGUCGCCUCCAGCUACUCGGCGCUCAAGGAGAUUCUUACCCCACAGGCUUUCUCCUUCACGUGCUUUUCUCGAAGUAUUUUUCUCGUGUAGUGUGU